AUGCCCGAACAAGUAGACGUCCCUCAGUGGUGCGUCGAAGUUGGCCCCGAAUGUCCCGUAGAGGGUACACUAUACGGCUACUACCCCAGUAUCGAAGCCAAUGCUUUCUUCGCGGCCUUCUUUGGCCUCUGCCUGGUUAUCAACUUGGGGCUGGGUAUCCGAUACAAGACGUGGACCUACAUGAUUGCCCUCUGUCUAGGCUGCUUGGGCGAGCUCGUUGGAUACAUCGGACGCAUCCUCCUGUACAACAACCCUUACGACGAGACAGGCUUCCAGAUGCAGAUCUGUUGCUUGAUUAUCUCCCCCGCCUUCGUUUCCGCUGGGAUAUACCUCACGCUCAAGCACAUCGUCAUCAACUUCGGACAGUCGUGGUCACGCUUGCCGCCGGUGUGGUACACACGCAUCUUCAUCACUGGUGACAUCGUCUCGCUCGUUCUCCAGGGUGCCGGCGGUGGCAUUGCUGCUACAGCAGAUAGCGGCUCGGAUUUACAAGACACCGGAACAAAUCUCAUGGUGGCCGGUGUCGUCAUCCAGGUCGUCGUUCUGUCCUUCUUUGGCGCCCUUCUCGUCGAGUACACUAUCCGCACCUACAAACGCCGCGAACAACUCUCCUCCAGCGCAAUGACGCUCUUCCACAAGACAUCGUUCCGCUGCUUCAUGUUCGCCAUCAUCAUUGGCUUCUUGGGUAUCUUCAUUCGAUGCAUCUACCGUAUCCCGGAACUCACGGAUGGUUGGGGCAGUGAGCUCAUGCGCGACGAGACGGACUUUAUCAUCUUGGAAGGUGUCAUGAUCUUCAUGAGUGUGUUGGUGCUUACCGUAUUCCAUCCUGGGUACUGCUUCCCAGCGCUCGGCAACACUAUUGGCAAGAACAGGGCGAGUCGGGGCAAGAGUAUGGACACCACAUCAUCGGAUAACGACAUCGUAUUGGGUCGGGUUUAG